UCAUUGAACAAUGAUAAAAAAUUUUUUUAAAUGAUUAACUUACUCCAAAAUAUAUCUUGAAACUCAAAUUAUCUUUCCUUCUCUGUUUCUUCAUUCUGUUAAUAAGGCAGUUAGUAUGUCACUAUUAUAGAACUGGAGACUUUUCAUUAUCCUUGACCCAUUCUGAUUGUAGCAAUGAAUUUUCACAAAUAUUUUUCAGAAUCGUUUAUUUCUUUUUAUCACCACUGAUCAUUCUGUGAGUGAUUGCCAUCUAUGGUUGUCCUGAACAUCUUUGAAUACCUUUUGUUUCUAUGUAUUAAUUCUGUUCAGAUUCAGCAAGACUUGAUGGAAGUAUUAAAGCUCACUUGGCAUUUAUGAUCACUAUGAAGGAUGUGCCUGACUGGGCUGGAGGCGGCACGGGGAGCCCAGCCCCUGAGAGAAGUCCCUGAGGAGCAGCUGGCCUGUCCAGGCUUAAAAUCUGAUCACAGUUGACUACUGGUAACUGAAUCUGUUGAAAGCAAGACCAAGGAUAGUGUGGGAUUACUCUGCUUUCAAGAAUGGAGUAUUUGGAUUGACCUUUGUAACCCAAUGGGAACAGAGAAGAGGAAGAUAAGGUGAAAUGAAGCAAGUGUCUGGAUAGCAAACAUUCAUUUAUUCUUUUCUAAGCAUGCGUGUUGUGAAGUUGAGGUUUUCCUUUCUUUCAGCAGAUAUGCUAAAUUUUUAGAAGCUUCAAUCAGACGUUUCUUAAGAAGGUAAGGGUGUAAUUAUGCUAAAUAGAGGGAAAACUCUCAAAUCCAUAGUUUAAUAAACUGGCUGGUAAAGUUUCUUAAAAAUCAUUCCUGUUACUUUUAAUAUAGUUACAUGGAUUAAAGAAAAAACAUAGCUUAUUUAAAAUUUUUUAUAGUUUGCUCUGGCUGGUAUAGCUCAGUGGAUUGAGCGCAGGCCCUCGAACCGAAGGAUUGCAGUUCAAUUCCCAGUCAGGGCACAUUGCUAGGGUUGCAGGCCAGGUCCCAGGAGGGGACACAUGAGAGGCAACCAUACAUUGAUAUUUCUCUCCCUCUCUCCUUCCCUUCCCCUCUACAGAAAAAUAAAUAAAAUCUUAAAACAUUUUUUAUAGUUUGCAAUAAAAGAAAAAUUUUAGGUUUUUUCCAUUCUUAACUUAUUGAUCCCACAAAUUGCCAUACUCUCUCCUGCUUUGUUUUCUUUACAGAACUCUUCUUUUGGAAUAGACACUCUCCCUAAUGCUCAGUCAUUUCUACUUUCCUCUCUUAAUGGGUCCUGCUCAUGUUUCAAGCUUAUCAGACUUUUGGAAGACUUUGCUAUCCACUGCUUUUCUUUUCCCAGCUCUUACAGCCCUCUAUUAGCAAUGGUCAUAUUUAUUAUAAUUCUAGUUGUUUCAAUUUUUCUCUUUGACUCCAUCAAGGCAGAAAAUUUACUAUUAAUUGUUUACCUUGUAAGCACAACAUAGCUUUAAUAAAGAGUGAAACUUAUCAAUGCUUGUUAAAUAAAUGCAUUUUUAAUAGUUAUUCUAUUGUAAUUGUCCCAUUUGCUCCCCUCUUGCCCUCUUCCACCCAGCCCACCUCCUGGUCUCACAGUCCAUCCCCACAGCACUGUCCAUGUCUGUGGGUCAUUCAUACAGGUUCUUCGACUUGUCCUUUCCUCUUCUUUCCACUAUUAAAUAAAAGCAUUUUUAAGAAACGUGUUACCCUGUGAUGUACCCAGCCUGGAAAUGAAAUAAAACUUCUUCACCUAGGCCUCAAAAUUUAGUCCACAAAAGUUGAAUUCUUUUAUUGUUUGUUGUACAUUUUUUCUCAACUGUCAAAUUUACACAUAUAUAAAAAGGGGGGGAAGGUAAUACAGUAAUGCAGGGACUUGGUGUAGAAGGAAAAUUUGAUGAAAAGAAGUAUGAAACAGUCAUUACUUUGCAUAUUACAUCUACCUCUUUUUUCAUAGCAGAAGUGAAUUAUAUAAAAUUCCUUUAAAAAUUUUCUCUCUUUUAAAUUUCUUUUUCCUAAUUACAAAGUACUGUCUGUAUAAAGAAACAUGGCAGGUUUCCGUUUAUUGCUCUUUAAGCAACAUAAAGCUGAUUGUUUUAUUUUUUCCCAGAAAUUUUACUGCUGUCAUUUGGCAUAAAAUUAAAAGGAAAAACAAGAGAGGGAGAGAAACUUCUUGUUGAGAAGGACAUUGGAAGGGGGGACUGCACUACUCGUAUUUCUGCUGGAGAACCGGGCCCAAAGACAGGGAGCAGGCACUCACCUGCGUCACUGUCAACCCUGCACUAACAGGUAGAGGCUGCUGUCCUCUUUUCAAGACUUAAUUAACAUAUUCUGUCUCGUCUUUCACAGAAGAAAUGAAAGAAUAUAUAGACUCAGCUAUUAAUAGAAAAAGCAAAACUGAUUCAAUCGAAGUAAAUUAAAGAACGUUCAGUCAUCCUCUAAAAACUUUCUUAAUGAAGUGAGAUCAUUUUUCCAGGUCCUAGGAGAAAGUAGAUUCAGGGUACGCACACAUAGAGGAUGUAGAGCUAAGCUUCUUUUAAAUCCUCAACUGUUAGCUUAAUAAGCCUUCGUACCUAAAUAGUAGCUCCAAAGUUUUCUGAUGGCAUAUGUUCAAAGCUACAACAUUUUUAAUGUUAUUAUUGGAUGGUAGCAAUACGGGGUGGAGUUGGCCUUGGAGAAAUGAGAGCAGCACUAAUUUUUAAGAAGGAUUUUGAAAAAUCUCAUACUUGGCUCAAGUCAGUAUUGCUCCAGAACGUGGGCCUGACCAAAAAGAAACAGAAAAACAACAUGAAUGAUGUGAAGCUUGCUGUCUUGGGUGCUCAAGGAACAGGCAAAUCCGCCCUUACAGUAAGGUUUCUUACCAAGCGGUUCAUUGGAGAAUAUGCUUCUAAUUUUGAAUCCAUCUAUAAUAAGCAUUUGUGUUUGGAAGGGAAGCAACUGAAUCUAGAAAUAUAUGACCCUUGUUCUCAACCACAGAAAGCCAGAUCUUCCCUCACAAGUGAGCUGCAUUGGGCAGAUGGGUUUGUUAUUGUGUAUGACAUCAGUGACAGGUCCUCAUUUGCUGUUGCAAAAGCACUGAUCUACAGAAUUCGGGAGCCACAAACUAGCCAUUGUAAAAGAGCUAUGGAAUCAGCAGUGCUUUUGGUUGGUAACAAGCGAGAUCUCUGUCAUGUGCGCGAGGUUGGCUGGGAAGAAGGGCAAAAGCUGGCAUUGGAUAACCGCUGCCAAUUCUGUGAACUGUCUGCAGCAGAGCAGGCUCUGGAGGUAGAAAUGAUGUUUGUCAGAAUUAUCAAGGACAUCCUGGCAAACUUCAAACUCAAAGAGAAGAGAAGAUCCAGUGGAUCUAAAUCAAUGGCCAAGCUGAUCAAUAAUGUAUUUGGAAAGAGAAGGAAAUCUGUUUAGUAGACAUGUGAUCCUUAGGGACUUAUUAUAUCACAGAGUUUCUAACAUUCAUAUAAUAAUUAAAUUUAACCUUUGUUUGCAAUUAAAAAAACUUUUAGAGAUAUAAAAUGAUUAAACACAAACCAUAACUAUGUUUCCCAACAUAUACUUUGCCUUUUUGGUUGUUUGUAUUUUUUAUACUCUUCUUCAUACUUAACCUUUUCUUUAUUACACAAAAUAACACUCUGUAUAAUCUAUUGGCUGAUUACUAUACAGUUUGCCUUACACAUAAACAUUGCUUGUGUAAUUUUAUUAAACUAC